CUUGUGUGCGGAGCCUGUACAGGCAGGAAGAGGCUAGAAGGGGCUGCUUGUUUUUAGUUAUUGAAAAUAACAUGAACUUGAAGGAGAACUUAAUUAUAGCGUCUCUUUGAACAGGAGACAUAUUUGUCGAUAACUCGUUUACACCAGCUCCACUACGAAUAUUUGGUUGUCUGUGUAGCUGUGAACAUGCAUUAUUAGUAUACGAAAGGUAGCUAUAAUAAUUAACGCAAAACUAAUGCUGAGAAAAACAUUGUUUUUGGAGGGUGAAAACAGUGCUUCUUGUUGUUCUUCUGUGUUCAGACAUUCAAGAAAGUGUUCUUAAUUUAAACGUGUUUUGUAAGUAGGUUAGUCUUGAAUUGAAGUUAAUUAUGCGUCGUUGACUCAAGCUGCUGAAUUAUAUUUUCUUGCGUUGAAUGUUUUGUUUUGUGAUUUAAUUUUAAAUAGUUUGGGUUAUAUUUGCGGAAGUUUAAUGUUACUAUAUUUUAAAUAUUGUCAUAAAUGUUAUAAAUAUUAUAGCUUGUUAAGAAGCGUAUGACGACCUAGUUAGAUUUUGUGCAACGUAAAUGUAUUGUAGAAUUGCGCAUUAUGAAAACGAAACGCUUUUGACAAGUUUUGGAAGUAACGUUUAACCUCAUGUCACCUCGUUCUUACACAAUACAGAUGGAAAUAUCAAAUUUGUAGACUUCAAUGUUUUGGUGCCAAAAGAUUGUUCUGUAGCUGCAUAACAUGGCACUCAAUAAGAUGGCAAAGACUGUUGGAAUAGCAAACAUCAAUGGAGACUUGGAAGCUUUUCUAGACCAGAACCAAAACCUUGCCAGAAGCAAUAUUUCAGUGGUUGCAGUCCCAGUUUCUUCUAGUUUGUACUCCUCAGCAAAGAUUACUUUAGCACCAAUAAACGUGAAUGUUGGACCCCAAAUGAUUAUAAGCACACCUCAGAGAGUACAGAACUCGGGCAGCAUUCUCAUUGGGAGUCCAUACACUCCCAAUUCAGCAAUGGUUACCCAGAGUCACAUAACAGAAGCAUCAGGUUGGGUUCCUGGGGUCAGAAAGCGGCCUCAUGAAUUUAUAGAAUCUGAUUUUUCAGACAGUAAAAGAAUGAAAAAGGUGGGUGAAAAGAAUGGGAAAGGAUUGAGACAUUUUUCAAUGAAGGUGUGUGAAAAGGUGCAGAAAAAAGGAACCACCACGUACAACGAAGUGGCAGACGAACUUGUCGCUGAGUUCACCAACUCGGCAAGCCUUCUGGCUGCUGAUUCUCAGGUUUAUGAUCAGAAGAACAUUAGGCGCAGAGUUUAUGAUGCUCUGAAUGUACUCAUGGCUAUGAAUAUUAUCUCAAAGGAGAAAAAAGAAAUAAAAUGGAUUGGGCUCCCUACAAAUUCUGCUCAGGAAUGUCAGAAUUUAGAGUUGGAAAAACAGAAAAGGAUGGAGAGAAUUAAACAGAAGCGGGCCCAGCUGCAAGAACUGAUAUUACAGCAAAUAGCUUUUAAAAACUUGGUGCAGCGAAACCAGCGGUCUGAGGAGCAGAACCAGAGUCCUCCGCCACAAAACUCUGUGAUCCAGCUGCCUUUUAUCCUUCUCAACACCAGUGUGCGCACUGUCAUUGAUUGCAGCAUCUCUAGUGACAAAUGUGAAUACCUCUUUAAUUUUGACAACACGUUUGAGAUUCAUGAUGAUAUUGAGGUGCUUAAACGGAUGGGAAUGUCCUUUGGCUUGGAGUCUGGAAAAUGUUCCUCAGAGAACCUGAAAAUUGCUAAAUCCUUGGUGCCAAAGUCUUUGGAAAGCUAUGUCACAGGCAUGUCUGCUGGCCCGUCCUGGUUAAAUCAGGAUCAGUUUACUUGUAAUUCAGAACCGACACAGACAGCCUUGCUCACCGGAAGGACUGCCUCCACAGCUCAUAUAAGCCCAAACUCCGAACUUUGUGCCAGCGCUGAAGUGGCCUUAACAACCGGACAAUGCCUGACCAGCAGCAGCUGUCAGUCCAGUAGCACAACGACAUCCCAUUACUCCGAGUCGCGUGGAGAGACGCCAUGCUCCUUCAAUGAUGACGAGGAUGAAGAUGAAGACUCCUCGUCUCCAGAAUAAAUAGAAAAGGUGAAUGGGAAGAAGAAAUCAAGCUGCUCUUCUGGUUUAUUUUAAGCUUUUUGUCACCAUUCCAUCUGUCUUUUGAAAGCUAUGUGUUCACAGUAUAGCUGAAAGGCUGUGGUUUGAUAGUAGAAGUGUUAAAGUGCAGUAUUUAGAAGGUAAGGACAUUAUCAGGGCAAGCAAAAACAAACUAUUCCUGUAGUUAGAGGACAGGGGUGGGGGAUGGGCAGGGUUAAAACUGGUAUUCACAUGUUGUAUACUUAUCAUAACUGCCCAUACAUUCAAAAUGAGACAGAUUGUGCAGUCUUCUGUUUAGUUUCUAGUUGUAUAAAUAUUUUUUUAAGGAACAUUUGCCUGACUAUCUUUUGAUGUCUUAAUUCUGACCUAGAAUCUUUAUUUUAUUUUUUUAUUUGUGUACUGAUUUAAUGCUGCUUUUAUUGUUUGAUUUAUUAUGUUCUCCCUUUAAAUCUUCUAUAUUAUCUAACAAAAAAUAAAUAAAAUAAACAAAAGAUAAGCAAAACCAAUAUAGAAGGAGGGGAAAAAUCACUCAAGAUCAAGAAUCCCAAACCAGGGCUUCAAACUUCCUUUUAAAAAGAAUCAACCAUUUGAAGAAAAAAAAAAAAAAAAAAAAAGAUUUUAUUUAAUAUUAUAUGAAUAUAAUAUGUACAAUAUUUUCCUUUUGUUUCAGUUGAAAUCUUUUAUUUGUAUGUGUCAGAUUUAAUAUUUGGGUUACCUAGUCUGUAGUGUGUGAAAAGAACCCUUUAGUUAUGCAGCUAUGAGUGAAUACUUAAAAUACAAAGGGGGGAUUUUGAAGUGCUGAUCCAGCUUGUGUUGUGUUCUCCCCUCCCUCCCUGUUCUUUUAUGCUGACUCCAGACCUUCUUGUACCCCACUGUCUUUUCUUGUCUUCAACUACUAAGCUGGCAACCAAUACAUCUUGUGCUACCCCCUUCUCUCUUGUUUUGUUCCCUGUUAAAACAGUAAGAUCGGAAUCUUUUCUCAGAAACAAUGCACAGAUUUGCUGUUUUUCAAAAUUCGUGUGUGUGUGUACCAGCUGCUGCAAAAAAUGUAAAUGUAUAAUAUAAUUUUUUUUCUUUUAAAGUAUGUUAUUUUUGUAUUUAGCACAUUUAUACACAUUAAUAAGCACACCUCUUUAGUCCUUAUCAUAGUCUUAUAAAUUACAUUUUUACACAUUAUCCUGAAUUGUUUUAAAAAAAAAAAAAAAAAAAAUACAGAAUAGUAAGUUUUCUGUAGUAAUAUGACACAGAAGUUUUAUUUUUUUUCAAACCUGAUUUUUUUUGGAUGAGUUCAUGUAUUUUGUUUUCUGUGAAAUGUUGUCAGGUAUUCAAAACAACGUGUCAUGUCAUAGUUGAAUAAUCCCAUGGAAAUCCAUUCGAUGGUAGUUGUGUGACAGUGCAUUAUGGGACUUUGAAGGAAAUGGAGUCCUAAGUAUCAAGUUUCUACCGAUAUUGUUGCCAACCAAUGGACUGCUUCUUGCUAAUGGCAAGUUGACACAUCCUGGUUAAGUAUAUCCAUAUAGAACUGGGGUGCCCAAUUCUGGUCCUGGACAUUUCCCUAUAUACAAUUAAACACGUAAAUACUUUAGGGCUUGGAUGCAGUUUUAAUUGGUCCACUUUACAUGGAAAAUAAAGCAUAACAUGAUUGGAACAGAGAGCUGCACUGGAAGGUUUCACACGUCUGAUGGGUAAAAGAGGAUUUAAUUCAAAUUUUUUUUUUUUUGGUCAGCAAAUUAUUUUAAUGAACUCUGCAGCAUGGUGGCACUAGUAGGAAAAACAAUCCUCAUUGGCUUCAUUUGUAAAUAGUAGCCUGUUUCUUUUUCUCACUAUUUUUAUACCAUGUUAAUAAAAGCUGUACUGUAUUUAAUUCAUCCGAGUUGUGCUGCAGGUGGGAUUUCUGAAGUGUAUACACAGCUAGCCAGACAAGGGCUUUGUAUUGUAUGUGCUUAAUGAUAAUUUUUUUCUUUUAUUGUACCUGGUGGCCUUGAUAAACUUUGCAUCUGUACAUAACCUGUAUUUGCAGAUUCAUGUGGUUUUCUUCAGAAAGAGGACAUUUUGUAGGAAGAGUUAUAAAAAUAAAAGUAAAAAAGACACUG